AUGUUUUUUGGCAACAAAAAAUUCUUGCAUGCAAGCGAUAAUAAUGUUAUGGUGAAUGAGUUUAAACGAAAAAGCACUUUCUCUCCCCAGCUACCACCCAUGGUAGAAUGUUUUGUUAAAUCGUGUGAGAAUGAUUUAUAUAAGUUUUAUUCAUCUAAGCAUGUCAGCAAUAAAUUCUGUAACUUAGAUAAAAAUGAAUUCAACUCACUCAAAGAAUUACGGAACAACAAAGAUAUUAUAAUCACAUCGGCUGAUAAAGGAGGUGGUGUCGUAUUAUUGAAUAGAGCUGAGUACAUCAGAAUCAUUGAAACAUCUCUCAGUUCUACUAGUACUUAUAGAGAACUGGAUAUAGAUCAGGUUGUAAAUAUAAUUAAUAACAUACGUGACAAUUUGUAUGAUCUACUUAUGUGUUGUCAAAUUAGCAGUGAAAUGCAUGAUUUUUUACAUAUAAAAGAACCUCUUAUACCUAUGUUAAAGGGCUUGCCUAAAAUACAUAAGGACAUUAGCCCUAUACCAAUGCGACCUAUAGUCUCUGGGCGAUAUUGGGCCACCUAUAAUUCAUCAACAUUUUUAGAAAAGAUGUUAAGACCAAUCGUUGAUAAAGUUGAUACUAUUUUAAAAGAUACACAACAUCUUCUGAAAGGCAUAGAGUUGAUCCAACAAGACAAAAUGGAUUUAGAGCUGCUGAAAUCUGACUCUGACAAUAACAACAACAGUGAUGACUGUGGCAACAUUCUCCCCCAUGAUAUUAUGGAUUUCGUCUUAAAGAACACUCCUUCUAUGCAGGCUUUGGGAGAAAGCCCUGAGUCAUCGUCAUCUGAAGUGUCAACACUAAGUGGGGGCUUGGGUUUGGACAGUAAUAGAGGAAAAGACAUGGGAUUAUCUGAAGUGUUUUCUCAGCAGUUGUCUAACACUGAGCCAGUAGACAGCGGCAUUUCAUCUUCAAUAUCUGCAGAACAGUUUGAGCUGCCUUUGGAGCUUCCUUCUGAUCUGUCUGUUUUAACAACUCGUAAUCCUACUGUACCUAGUCAGAAUCAUAGCAAUCUCCCGUCUGCUACAUCUAGUGAAGAUGAUGAUGAUGAUGAUGUUGAUGAUGCAGACUUGUUGUCACAGGCUGUCAAGUCUACUAAUGAAGGUCAGGUGACUCCAGAUCAUUUCAUUCAAGGACAUAUAGAAACAGAGCAUAUAGCUAGCCCUUCUUGCAGUCAGGUUGAUCAGGGGCAUGCCAGCAGUCAAGAUAUAAGCAGAAGUGGAACUCCAAAUGUCCAGGUUCCUGUUUCUCCCUCUGUACCAAUGCAGGGUCAGAAGUAUGUCUCAAAUUCAACAGACAGUCCUGGCCCUUCCCAAGUGACAAAUGCUGCAGUGCAAACCACAUCUCAUUUGACACCUACAACAGAAAAAUUAAUUGUUGUCAAUCAACAUAUGCAGCCUUUGUAUGUUCUUCAAACCCUUCCAAAUGGAGUUACACAAAAAAUACAGCUUUCAUCUUCUGUAAGUCCUGCAGCACCUGUAAUGGAUGCAACAGCUUCUGUCCUUGGACAUAUUGGAACCGGGCUUCCAUUAACUCCAGGACUAAGUGCUGCAUUACCACCUCACCAGACUGUUUUUCCUUCAUCUAACAAAAGACUGCUACCAAUAUCACAUUGUCCACAGUUACGUACUUUCCCAGCAACUACUCCCACUGUUUUUCAGUCUGCAAUCAGCAGUUCUGCUUCUGGCUUAUUAAUUGGCAUACAGCCUCGUCAAGAUUCCCAGCAUCUUGUAUCAGAGUUGAGUCAGAGGUCUGACCUCAGUUCCACUGUUCAAGCUCCAUCGUCUAGCCUUAGUAGAAAGAGGUUACUGACUAAAAUACAUUUAAGGAAAAAAAAGCCUGCUCCAUCUGGUGUUCAGUCUGCAGUAAGUCCAUCUGAAAUUGUUCCCAGCCUGACUUUAAUUAAUUUUUCUACCUCUCAGCAUUCUGGAGGGACAACUAACCAAUCAGUCUUGGUAGAUUUAGCCAGUCUUCCAAAUGCUACACCUCAUCGAAUAGUUCCUGCCAUCAUCAAGAAGUCAAAAUCUGGAGUAGUGUAUUUUGAACAAACACCUUUGCCUCCACAAACCAAGACGAUUACUGUGACAACAGCUGUUGGUAGCACCUCAGGUGCUGCUGAUCAGGAUGUCAGUCAUCUUUCCACAAGUCAUUUGCAUGGAUCAACUCCAAAUAAAUCUAUCCAUAGUGUAGCUCUACAGACUUCAUCCACGCAGACCACUACUGACAGCUCCCUUUCUGAAAGUAUUUUGCAUCAGCCUUCAGUUACCCUUAAAAGUCCAAGACUACAUGAUUCCUCUGAUGUAGCAGGGUCUAUAGGCAGCCUGUACAAAACAGGCUCACAACAGUCAGCAUCCUUGCAGUCAAAUGCAGCUUUCUCAGAACUAGGAACAUCUCCAAGCCCAAACAUGAACACUUUAACUGUGACAUCAGGUGUCUGUGUGCUUCCAUCAGCUUCAGCUGUUGGAAUGCAGGUAACUCAUUUGUCUUCUGACCAAGAAGAUUCCUUUCAUUUGCAACAGCAUGUGGCACAGGUUUUGGUAGAUAAACCUGCAAUAGGUUCUGCACAUUUAGAUUACAGUAAUACAUCUGCUACCAUCCUACAGCUUGCAGACCUUCCCAGUACUGCUGGCUUUUCUCACCAGCGUCUUCCAGCAUCUUUACAUGCCUCUUCAGUAUCUGCAGCAUCACUGCAGGUAGUAGAGCAGGGACAUAGUACUCCUACUCCAGUUUCUGCAAAGACGCAUGUGAAAGUAAAAAUACCACAGCUAACACUGGAGAAAGGAAAUGGAAAAAAGCAUAAAACAUUUCAUAUGCAACCAGAUUCUUCAGGAGCUAUGACACCAGGCUCAGUCGUAGGGAUGAGUGCAGUAGAUGUGCCUGAAAUGGACACUGACAAUCAAAAACAACCUCAGGAAUGUAUGCACUCAACAGGGCAAGUGACAGCUGUCCCAGAAUCUCAGUCAGUGCUUGGCCAGUCACUUACUAAUGAAAGAACUGGGCUUUCAGAAACCAGUCGGUUUGAUGACAUUAAGGACAUCUUGAGCUCCCCAGUUCUGGAUCUUAGUGAGCAAGAACAGAAAAAGGAACGCUUUCCUGAGAACAAACCAAAGAAAGGGCUGAUGUUUGAAAUAUCGAGUGAUGAUGGUUUUCACUACUCCUCAGAAAGUAUAGAGGAGGUGUGGAAGUGACUUACUGACAAAGUUCAAGAGGCACGCACUAAUGCCAGAUUAAAACAGCUCUCUUUCGCAGGAGUCAGUGGUUUAAAAAUGUUGGGAAUUAUCCAUGAUGCUGUGGUAUUCCUGAUUGAGCAGCUUUAUGGGGCCAAGCAGUGCCAGAAUUAUCGUUUCUGAUUUCAUAAACCUGAAGAAGCAGAUGAGCCACCACUCAAUGCGCAUGGCUCAGCUAGGGCAGACGUGCAUCAGAGAAAAUCAUCUUUUGAUAUGUUCAAUUUCCUGGCUUCAAAACAUCACCAGCCUCCUGAUUACAAUCCCAAUGAUGAAGAGGAGGAGGAAGUGCAGCUGAAGUCUGCAAGGAAGGCGAAAAGUGUGGACCUGCCAAUGCCAAUGAGAUUUAGACACUUAAGGAAGACUUCAGAGGAAGCAGUUGGAGUCUAUAGGUCAUGUAUUCAUGGAAGAGGCCUUUUCUGUAAAAGGAAUAUUGACGCAGGUGAAAUGGUGAUUGAAUACUUGGGCAAUGUUAUUCGCUCUGUACUUACUGAUAAAUGAGAGAAGUACUAUGAUAGUAAGGGGAUUGGUUGCUAUAUGUUUCGCAUCGAUGACUAUGAAGUGGUUGACGCUACCAUGCAUGGAAAUGCAGCCCAUUUCAUCAAUCACUCCUGUGAGCCCAACUGUUACUCUUGUGUUAUUAACAUUGACAGUCAGAAGCACAAUGUUAUCUUUGCUAUGCGAAAGAUCUACCGUGGUGAAGAGCUAACGUACGAUUAUAAAUUUCCCAUAGAAGAUGCUAGUAACAAACUACCUUGCAACUGUGGGGCAAAGAAAUGCCGGAAGUUUUUAAAUUGA